AUGGCCACUUGGAAUCUCCAUGGAAAGCACAUGUCCAAGUAGAGGUGGGAGCAUGCAGGGGUGGACUGACAACUCAUGGGGCCCCCGGGCAAUAGGGGAUCAUGGGGCCCCUGUAUCCUUGCCCAAACUCAAAAAAAAGCCUAUGAAAAAGGUACCAAGGGCAUCUCAUGGGGCCAGCUACUGACCCCGGGGCCCCUCGGGCAGUGCCCAAGUUUCCAAAUGGUCAGUCCGCCCCUGGUC